CCUCUUGACUCGAUAAAAACUGUUAGCUGCACAAAAGGGCAUGUGUUUUCGGUUUCCAUCCUGAGUCUUAAAGUGAUAGCUGUAAUAUCCAGCUUGCUUUUCAGCUUCUAAAAGGAGCAAUCCCCUUUCCGAAGGAGUCACUUGCAGGAGGAGAGCGCAAGAGGUGAGCAAGGGCAGCUGAAAUACCGUUCUCUGGCUCACAGCUACCGCGCCAGGUUACCAUGGCUUCCACAUCCAUCAUGACGGCCCCCAUUUGUUUGGUGGAAAAUCAGAAAGAGCAGCUGACGGUGAAUCCAAAAGCAUUAAAGAUUCUUAACGAAAUUUCUCAGCCUGUGGUGGUAGUGGCCAUUGUAGGGCUGUAUCGUACAGGAAAAUCCUACCUGAUGAACCGCCUGGCAGGACAGAACCAUGGCUUCCGUCUGGGCUCCACGGUGAGGUCUGAAACCAAGGGCAUCUGGAUGUGGUGUGUACCUCACCCCUCCAAACGCAGGCACACCCUGGUCCUUCUGGACACCGAGGGCCUGGGCGAUGUGGAAAAGGGUGACCCUAAGAAUGACUCGUGGAUCUUUGCACUGGCUGUGCUCCUGAGCAGUACCUUUGUCUACAACAGCUUGUCCACCAUCAACCACCAGGCUCUGGAGCAGCUACACUAUGUGACUGAACUAACAGAGCUAAUCAGGGCAAAAUCCUCCUCCAGAUCUGAUGAGGUAGAGGAUUCCACUGAGUUUGUGAGUUUCUUUCCAGACUUUGUUUGGGCUGUUCGUGAUUUCAGCCUGGAGCUGAAGUUAGGUGAAUGCUCUAUCACCGAAGAUGAGUACCUGGAGAAUGCCUUGAAGUUGAUUCCAGGUAGGAAUUCCAAAAUCCAAAAUUCCAACCUGGCUAGAGAGUGUAUCAGGCAUUUCUUCCCAAAACGGAAGUGCUUUGUCUUUGACCGGCCAACAAAUAAAAAAACUCUCUUAGCCCAUAUUGAAGAGCUGCCAGAAGAGCAGCUGAAUUGUCAUUUCCAGAGGCAAGCAAAAAACUUCUGUUCCUAUAUCUUCACCCACUCAAAGACCAAGACUCUGAGAAAAGGCAUCAUUGUCACCGGGGACCGGCUGGGGACUCUGGUGAAGACAUAUGUGGGUGCCAUCAACAGUGGAGCAGUACCUUGUUUAGAGAACGCGGUAACAACUCUGGCCCAACGUGAGAACUCGGCAGCUGUGCAGAAGGCAGCUGACCACUACAGCGAGCAAAUGGCCCAGCGUGUGAGGCUCCCGACAGCCACGCUCCAGGAGCUGCUGGACGUGCACUCGGCCUGUGAGAGGGAAGCUAUUGCACUCUUCAUGGAGCACUCCUUCAAGGACGACAAGAGGGAGUUCCACAAACAGCUCGUGUGCACCAUAGAGAAAAAGAAGGAAGACUUUAUGCUGCAGAAUGAAGAGGAAUCUGUGAAAUACUGCCAGACUGAGCUUAACCAACUUUCAAAGCCCCUGAUGGAAAGUAUUUUAAGAGGAACUUUCUCUGUUCCUGGAGGACACAGUCUCUACUUAGAAGCAAAGAAAAAAGUUGAACAGGGCUAUGAGCAAGUGCCCAGGAAAGGAGUUAAGGCAACUGAGGUCCUCAAGAGCUUCCUGCAAUUACAGAUGGCAAUAGAGAAAUCCAUCCUGCAGUCAGACAGAGCACUCACAGAUGGAGAGAAGGCCAUAGCAGCGGAGCGGGCCAAGAUGGAGGCAGCUGAGAAGGAAAAGGAGCUGCUGAAACAGAAACAGGAGGAGCAGCAACAAAAGAUGGAGGCUCAAGAGAGGAGCUUCAAGAAAAACAUGGAGCAAUUAAAAGAGAAGAUGGACAGAGAAAGAGAAAACCUUCUGAGAGAGCAGGAAAUGAUGUUUGAGCAUAAACUGAAGGUCCAAGAAGAACUGCUUAGAGAAGGAUUUGAAAAGAAAUCUGAGAAAUUAAAAGAAGAGAUAAAUUGGCUAAAGGAAGAGAUAAAUCGGCUAAAAGAAGAGAUUGAAAAGACUAAAAAGAAACGCUCAGGAUUUUCACAGUUCCUUUAUGACGCUGGCAAUAUGGUAUCGGUAGAACUACCUGAUGUUAGCAAACUACUUGGGGCAGGGGUGAAGCUUCUCAGCUCACAUAUUAAAUAGGUUGGAAUUCAUGUUAGACAAAUUAUAAAAUGAGGUUUCUUUUGUUUUAAUAGCUUAAUACCAGUGGCUCAUUUUUAAAAAAUAUGUCAUCCUAGUUUUAUUCAAGAAAAGUUUAAAAGUAAAGAUUACUGUCAUGGAUUGAAUUGUGUCCCCCCAAAAUGUGUGUAUUAACUUGGUUAGGCCACGAUUCCCACUAUUCUGUGGUUGUCCUCCAUUUUGUGAUUAUAAUUUUAUGUUAAAGAAGAUUAGGGUGGGAUUGUAACACCCUUAGCAGGUCACAUCCCUGAUCCAAUGUAAAGGGAGUUUCCCUGGAGUGUGGCCUGUAGCACCUUUUAUCUCUCCAGAGAUAAAAGGAAAGAGAAGCAAGUAGAGAGUUGGGGACCUCAUACCACCAAUAAAGCUGUGCCAGGAGCGGAGCACACCCUUUGGACCUGAGGUUCCUGCCGCGGGCGAGAUGCUCCCAGACCAAGGAAAGACUGAUGCAUCACAAUGACUUUCUUCCAGAGAGGACAAAGAGAGAAAGCCUUCCCCUGGAGCUGAUGUCCUGAAUUUGGAUUUGUUGCCAUCUCAACUGUGAGAGAAUAAACUUUUCCUUGUUAAAACCAUCCACUUGGGGUAUUUCUGUUAUAGCAGCACUAGAUGACUAAGACAAUUACCAAAGGUUGUGUUCCUCAAACUAAAUUUUGAUUUAAUUAAUUAAGAAAUGGGAAACAAGUUGAAGAUAAUGAAAUUGUUCAUAGAAAAGAUACAGGCAAAGCAAAACCACAAGUGGAAAGAUGAAGAAAAUGUAGUUUAUAUCACAUACAUGGAGAUAAUUUCUUUAGACUGUUAGGAGCUGCCAAAAAUCAGUGAUAAUAAGAACAGCAGAAAAACCAAAAAACCAAACCCAUUGCUGUCAAGUUGGUUCCGAUGCAUAGUGA